AUGGCAGCCAUCAAGUCUUCUCCUCUCUCCUCCGAGAUCCCAAGGAUCCUCUACAUCACCGGCCAGCCAUCUUGCGGCAAGACGACUCUCAUCAAAAACAUGGUGCGAGAAGACGGGCUGAAGCACCUCAGAGUGUCAGGAUUCUACACGGAAGAGGUGCUGGAAGGAGGCAGACGCGUGGGGUUCGACAUCGUAGACUUCGACGGAAGGUCUGGCGUCCUUGCGAGGAAAGGGAUCAAGUCAGGGCCGAAGACGGGGGAGUACACCAUCAUGGUCGAUUCCUUCGAGAAGAUCGCGCUGCCUUCCAUCAAGGUCAGAGGAGACGUCGACCUGUACGUCAUCGCAGAUGAGAUCGGCAGGAUGGAGUUGCACAGCAGAGGUUUCAAGAUGGCUGUGACGAAGUUGAUUGAGUCGGGCAAGCCCGUCUUCGGCUCCAUCGCUGCGCCGCGAUACGGGAGGUGA